GCGUCGUCGACGUCUUAGAAUUGGUUGUAGCUCCUUUACACGCGAUUGGCUGCCGAUCGAUGCUCGUUCCCGCCGUAGGUUCCCGCGCCCGUGCUGCCUGUUCGCAUCAUUUGGAGAGGGAGGAAAAAAGCAUCGCCAACCUUAGGUCUACAUCGAAUGCCUGCUGCCACAUCCACAACCCCGUGCCAAUGAAUUAUCAUUGCAUUCCUAUGUCUGCUAGUGGACACACUGAACGAAAGCCAUAGGCUACCGGUUCUGAAAGCGACCAGGAGUCCUUCCACGGGGCUGCACGUUUUUUUUCAGGAGCACCAACCUGACAUUUACUGUGGCGAUUUAGCCCCCUGGAUCAUGGCACCAACUAACAGCGUCGGGCAGGGGACCAAUGGGGUAGCAGAUGAGUCGCCCAACAUGAUUGUGUACAGAAAGAUGGAAGAUUUUAUAGCCCGAAUGCAGGAUGACAAAAACGGAAUCCCUAUCCGCACGGUGAAAAGUUUUCUGUCCAAGAUCCCCAGUGUAUUUUCAGGUUCCGACAUCGUGCAGUGGAUGAUCAAGAACCUAAACGUGGAAGACCAAGUGGAGGCCCUGCACCUGGGGACCCUGAUGGCUGCGCACGGCUACUUCUUCCCCAUCUCAGACCACGUCCUCACUCUCAAAGACGACGGCACCUUCUACCGGUUUCAGACUCCCUACUUUUGGCCGUCAAAUUGCUGGGAACCCGAAAACACAGACUAUGCCGUUUACCUCUGCAAAAGAACAAUGCAAAACAAAGCCCGUCUGGAGCUCGCUGACUACGAGGCUGAAAGCCUGGCCAGGCUACAGAGGGCCUUUGCCAGAAAAUGGGAGUUUAUUUUUAUGCAAGCAGAAGCACAAGCAAAAGUGGACAAGAAGAGAGAUAAAAUUGAGCGAAAAAUACUCGACAGUCAGGAGAGAGCAUUCUGGGAUGUGCACAGACCCGUGCCCGGAUGUGUAAACACGACAGAAGUUGACAUUAAGAAGUCGUCCAGAAUGAAAAACCCCCACAAGACUAGAAAGUCUGUUUACGGGCUCCAGAAUGACGUGCGGAGCCACAGCCCGACCCACACGCCGGCCCCGGAGGCCAAGCAGCCCACAGAGGAGGAGCUGCAGGAACAGAUCACCUUUUGGCAAGUGCAAUUAGACCGGCAUCGACUGAAGAUGUCCAAAGUGGCAGAGAGCUUGCUGGCUUACACGGAGCAGUACAUUGAAUACGACCCGUUCCUGACGCCGUCAGACCCCUCCAACCCCUGGAUAUCAGAUGACAACGCCAUCUGGGAGCUAGAAGCCAGUAAGGAGCCGGGCCAGCAGAGAGUCAAGAGGUGGGCUUUCGGGAUAGAUGAAGUCCUCAAAGACCCCAUUGGCAGAGAACAAUUCCUCAAGUUCCUGGAGUCAGAGUUCAGCUCAGAGAACCUAAGAUUCUGGUUGGCCGUCCAGGAGCUGAAGAAGCGUCCCAUCAGAGAGGUCCCCAGCCGGGUGCAGGAGAUAUGGCAGGAGUUCCUGGCCUCCGGGGCGCCCAGUGCCAUCAACGUGGACUCCAAGAGCUACGCAAAGACCACCCAGAAUGUCAAAGACCCCGGCCGCUACGCCUUUGAGGACGCGCAGGAGCACAUCUACAAGCUGAUGAAGAGCGAUUCCUACAGUCGCUUCAUCCGUUCUAGUGCCUACCAGGAGCUAUUACAAGCCAAGAAGAAGAAAAGUAAGAACUUGUUCUGAAGGAUUUUGCUUCCAGGGGAACCUCCCACCACCGAAGAGACAGAAGAUUCUUGUGCCAUCAUGCUACAACCAACGCAAUCUCUCUCUCUCUCUCUCUCUCUCUCUCUCUCGCUCUCUCUCUCUCUCUCUCUCUCUCUCUCUCUCUCUCUCUCUCUCUCUCUCUCUCUCUGUCUCUCUCUCUCUCUCUCUCUCUCUCUCUCUCUCUCUCUCUCUCUCUCUCUCUCUCUCUCUCCCUGUGUCUCUCUGUGUCUCUCUCCCCUCCUCACUGUGGGGCUGAGCGAGACCAUUGUCCGGACUCAUCCAUCAGAUGUUUGCAUGUCCGUGGAGACCGGGAUCCAGCGGAGAUCCUCCUCCUCUCUGCCUCUCUGUCUCUCCUCUAAGCACCCGAUGAAUUUACAGUCUAUUGUUUUCUUUCUUUGAAAGGACAAACAUUGCCAAAUCUGGUGAAAAUAAUACAAAAAAUGUGUAAAAAAUAAACUAACUGGCGAACUUCGAGAAACGGCAAGCAGAUUUAAGUUCCAGACAUCGAGACAGGAAUCGGACGCAAACAGUUUGCCGCUUUUUUUUUUCGACUCGAGCCGGAAAUUACGAUGUUGGACAGAAAAGAUGAAAAAAAAACUAGCUGUUGAAAAAAAUAAGAAAAUGCCAACUUAAAGUAAAAAAAAGGAAUCUUACCAAUAUGUCAUCAUUGUUCACUGUCUGAGAUCGCAAAAUACGCAAUGGGAGGUGUUGUAUGGUAUGCAUAUACAAUAUAUAUACAUAGAAAUAUAUAUGAUUAUUUAUUGGCCAUUUAUUUUGCAUUGCGUUACUUUUACUGCACUUCAAUACUUAGCACAUACGGUAUUAAUUGCACUUGUAAAGUCCAUUCAAUGAAAAAUGUCUAUUGUCUUAUGUAGAACGUAAUUAUUUGUUAUUCUCUUCUGCAUUUAUUUUUAUAACAUAUUUAAAGACACUUUUACUUAAAAUGUAUUAUUAAAGUUGGCCCCUUGAUCUGUU